AUGCCGCAAGACUUGCUUGAUCAACAGUCUCAGAUAGCAAAUACCUCUUUACAGCUUCUUCUCCAGGAAAUCGUGCCUACAUCUAUCCGCGUCUCAAAACAGGUUUUAAACUUGUCAGCUACCAACGAAACUAAGGAUGAACAAACAAGAAUAGACAAAGAGCUAUCCAAAAUACGAGACGACUUACCAGGAACAGUAAAUGUUUUUGAUUCGCAGUUUUUGCAACAAAAUAGCGACGAAAUAACACUACGCAUAGAGACAUAUGGUUUCAAUUUGGGGUGGAAAAUUGCUGAAGUGCUCCUAUACAAGAACUCAAGAACCAAAAUUGUUGAUAUUUUGGAUAUAAUGAAGUUUGUUUGCAGAGACGUGUGGAAGUGUUUCUACGAUAAGCAAAUGGAUAACUUGAGAACUAACCACCGUGGUACUUUUGUUCUCGUUGAUAACAAUUACAAGUUGAUUAAUCAAUUGAACAGUCCUCGUGGCGCCCAGGAUACUUUGGACAAAGCAAAGCUUUAUAUGUGGUUUCCAUGCGGCGUCAUUAAGGGAAUCUUGAUGAGUUUCGGCGUUGAAGCUCAGGUUGCAGCUGAAAUUACUCAAUUCCCAUCGGUUAUAUUUAAUAUACAUACUACACCACCGGUAGCGGUAGCUGCUGGUGAUGGAAUCCUUGGUAAAGGUGCUACUACUACUGCUGCUACUACUGCUGCUACUACUGCUUCUGCUAGCGACACAGGCAGCACUAUCGGAGCAGCGCUAGUACUCCAUCUACAUCCUUUGAUACUAGAAGAUACAAGAAUUAUCAAGCGAUCAAAACCAUCAACCCCAGUAACAUCACCGGGUCCUUCACCAGUACAUACUCCAAGAUCCAUUAGGUCGACUGAGAAUCUAAACUAUUUAUUUAAAUUGUCAAGGACCGAGGAUAAUUUGAAGAGUACAGAGGCAAGUGAAUAUGCCGAUAUCGAGAGAACAAUUUUGGCUGAAGCGUCAGCGGCUACAGCAGCAGCUCAAACUGGAUUGUUGAAGGAUGAGCAUGGAAGCAACGAAGAAAUAAGACAGCGGAGAUUUAUCAUUCAGCCGGACCCGCAGACACUAGCGCUGAUAAAUGUUCUGGAAGAAACUGGAGAGGACCUAAAUCUACCGAAUGAAUUAUCAAAUAUGGUUGAGGAUUAUAUUGCUCUUGAACCCCAGGCUAGUCACAAACGUAAGAAACGAGGAAAUGCAAAAUACAAUGAGGAGCCGCCAUCAAAUCCAGAACAAGUUGUGCAUUUCAAUGAAGAUCUGCAAUUACAAGACUCGCUGACAAAUACUACAGAAGAAGACAAUACAGAUUAUGUAUUUGAUGUAUACCACCUAAGUGAGCCAUUAACUUCGGCAAAUCAUCCAACAACGCAAAUUGGAUACAUACGAUUCUUUGACGAUGAUGAUGAAAAUCAACUGAGCUUUUUGUUGAACAAUGAAGAAGAUGAACAGGACCGAAAACCCAGCGUGUUGACAGAUGACGAGGAUUCAAACGCUGAAUCAUUUUACCAAAAUGACUAUCCUAGUGAUGAAGACGCCGAGGGUUUGGAACAUUUAGACUCGUUUGAUGAAGAAUUUGAUAAAUUGAAAAUUGGUGAUUAUGGAAACCUACAGGGAGGAGACGGAGAAGAGAAUGAUGAGGAUGAGGAUGUGCAGGAUGUGCAGGGAUAUGAACCACGAGAUGGUAUUGGAUUUCUGGGGGAUGAUGAGUAUUUGGACUAUGACGAGAUGGAAAGGUACAUGAAUUUAAAAGAGGAGGAGGAGGAGGAGGAGGAGGAGGAAGAUGAUGUUGAAGAAGAUGAUGAUUUAGGCGAAGAAAAGUUCAAACGAAACCGUUUUUUUAAAAGCGAUGAUAAUGAUCCUAUUGCAAUGCAUCGGGACAGGAUAUUUGGGGAAUUGGAAAGAAUGAUUAAAAAAGCUCCAAACUAG